CUAAUCUGUCAUAUCUUCGUACUCCUCGUAUCUCUUCCGGUCUCGUCCUUCGCCGGAAAAAGAAACCGGCUAAAUUAUCAAGAUGCCGGUUGACGGUUCAUCAGGUUACGGUCAGACAGUAUGCGUCACAGGUGCCGGAGGUUACAUCGCUUCAUGGCUCGUCAAGUUUCUAUUAGAAAAAGGUUAUACUGUUAAAGGAACCGUAAGGAACCCAGAUGAUCCCAAAAACUCUCAUUUGAAGGAAUUGGAAGGUGCAAAAGAGAGAUUGAUCCUCUGCAAAGCGGAUCUCCUCGAUUACGAAGGCCUUCGUAACGCCAUCGAAGGGUGUCAGGGAGUAUUCCACACUGCUUCCCCUGUCACCGACGACCCAGAGCAAAUGGUGGAACCUGCAGUAAUGGGGACCAAGAACAUAGUGAACGCGGCGGCGGAAGCAGGAGUACGACGAGUGGUGAUGACGUCAUCGAUCGGAGCUGUUCACAUGGAUCCAAACCGGGGUCCGGAGAAGAUAGUGGAUGAGUCUUGCUGGAGCGAUCUGGACUUCUGUAAGAACACCAAGAACUGGUACUGUUACGGCAAAGCCGUAGCAGAGCAGACGGCCUGGGAGACGGCCAAGGAGAGAGGGGUCGACCUGGUUGUGGUUAUACCGGUUCUGGUUCUUGGACCGCUGCUCCAACCAAACAUCAACGCCAGUGUCAUCCAUGUGCUCAAAUACCUGACCGGUUCGGCCAAGACUUACGUCAACUCAGUCCAGGCUUACGUGGACGUGAGGGACGUGGCACUGGCCCACAUACUUGUCUUGGAGGCGCCGUCGGCCACAGGACGGUAUCUCUGCGCCGAGAGUGUGCUUCAUCGGGGUGACGUUGUCGAGAUUCUCGUCAAGUUGUUCCCGGAGUACCCUGUCCCUACCAAGUGCUCGGAUGAAGUAAACCCAAGAAGGCAGCCAUACAAAUUCUCAAACCAGAAGCUCAAGGACCUUGGGCUUGAGUUCAUCCCAGCGAAGCAAAUUAUGUAUGAAACCGUCAAGAGCUUGCAGGAGAAGGGUCACCUCCCCAUACCUACCCAGGCCAACGAACCCAUUCACCUUCAAUCCUGACGAUCUGCUGCCUUUUCCAUAUCUAUUUUUUGGUUUUAAAUUUAAGAAAUAGCUUCUUGAUUUGUAAUUGAUUUGAAACCUACACUUAAGUUAUGGAGCAUUUAAGACUUUCU